GUCUCUCUCCUUAAGUUUCGCUCUCUCUCUAUCUCUGGCUGGACCAUCUUCAUCUUCAUCUUCAUCUUCAUCUUCAUCUCCGCCGGCGCUCAAAGCCCUAAAAUUAAAAACCCCCCGACCACCUGACCCGUGCACUCUUCCGCUGAUUAUUUAAUCCAAUUUCCAGUUUAUUCCCAGUUUUACCCCAAACCCUUCUCCUUCUCCCCUCCCUUUUCCCGCGUCAAAUUUCCCAAUCCUGUGCUCAAAUCCAGCCAGGUUCAUACUUCAGAGUCGCUGCGUCAUUCCCUGAAUUUGAUUGGCGAAAAGCUACGGGAGUUGCAAUUUUGAUUUGAAAUCAAGACGGAGUUUUCACCAGAUUAUAUCUCUGAUGAUUAACCAUCAUGAUGUUGUGAUGGUGUCUAGUCUGCUCGCAUAAUCUUCCUUCUCCAAAACUAACUUUGGGUUAAGUUACUCUAAGUAAAUGGACCGCUCUGACACUCAAGGAUUUGUUAGUGGAGGUGGGAUUUACUCCCUCAUCAAGUUAUAGCUCUAGUUUUGUGGCUAAGUUUCUUCAUCCCAGAAGUUAGGUGUGCUGUUUUGUUGCAAUUGAGAUUUGGUCCACAUAUUAAUAUUAGUGUUUUAGUUCAUCUAUUGAUACAUGGAGGCAAGGUUCCCAAAUGAAGGUUGUAAUGCUAAUUAUUUGGUGAAUGCAUUGAAGAUUUGGCCCAAUUUAAUGCAAGUUGGAGGUACGGGGGAUGGAUAUGGCAUGGAUACCAACUUGUGUCUUGACUCCCCUGGUUCUUCAAUCCCUUGCAUGUCCUCAAAGGGAAUCAAACGUAAGCGGAGUUUGAUGGAGGGAUCCUUGGGUGAUCAAGUUGGCUCCUCAUUGUCUCUUGGGUUAGGCCACUCUUCAAGUUCCUCAGACAGCAAAGUGAGCUCCACAACUGCUUGUACGCCAAUGUCUUCAGCCAAAGAAACUGACGAGGAAUCUGAUAUUGAAGUGGACUUCACUCUCCAUCUUGGCAACGAGAAGGCACUGAACUCCAAGAAAUGUGGCAAUUCAAAUAUGAAAGGGCUGGGACUGCAACCGAAGGUUGAUCUGGAAUUAAGUCUCACUACUGGGCCCUCUGAGUCUGUUAUAACCGGUGUCCAUCGGAGCAACUCUCCUCUACAAACAGGAAUGGAGAAUCUAAUAGCAACUGGUGGGAUCCAAAAUGCAGAUGAAGGAUCAACAUCCCUUUGCUGGAAACCAGGGAUCACAUUCCCACCGUUGCAGGUUUCACCAGCCAAUGAGGCUAGUAUCUUCUUCAAGGAGAUUGCAAGAACUAAAGAUCUACCUCCUGGUGUUCCACACCUGUCUUCAAGUGUGAUAACAACACCGAAAAGUUCUGUCACUGGUACUUUUGGGAGAACAAGACAGCAACAGCCACAACACCACAACUCUAGUACCAAGCCAUGUCAGGUUGAAGGAUGUGGAAGGGGGGCCAGAGGAGCUUCUGGCCGUUGUAUCUCUCAUGGUGGUGGUAGAAGGUGCCAGAAACCUGGCUGCCAGAAGGGGGCAGAGGGCCGGACUGUGUAUUGCAAGGCCCAUGGUGGUGGUCGGAGAUGUGAAUUCCUUGGCUGCACAAAGAGUGCAGAAGGUCGGACUGAUUACUGCAUUGGUCAUGGUGGUGGGCGGAGAUGUAGUCAUGAGGGUUGCACUCGAGCUGCCAGAGGGAAGUCUGGGCUGUGCAUCCGUCAUGGUGGUGGGAAGAGAUGCCAGAAAGAAAAUUGCACGAGGAGUGCAGAAGGCCUCUCAGGAUUUUGCAUCUCUCAUGGAGGCGGUCGUCGAUGCCAAUUUAUGGGAUGCACAAAGGGGGCACAAGGAAGCACAAUGUUCUGCAAAGCACAUGGAGGUGGGAAACGAUGCACAUACCAAGGUUGCACCAAAGGUGCUGAAGGGAGCACACCAUUCUGUAAGGGCCAUGGAGGGGGGAAAAGGUGUGCAUUCCAAGGUGGUGGGGUUUGUACAAAAAGUGUGCAUGGAGGAACCAACUUUUGCGUGGCACAUGGGGGCGGAAAGAGGUGUGCUUAUCCCCAGUGCACAAAGAGUGCUAGGGGACGAACUGAUUACUGUGUCCGUCAUGGUGGGGGAAAGAGAUGCAAGUUUGAAGGGUGCAACAAGAGUGCACAAGGCAGCACAGAUUUUUGCAAGGCACACGGUGGUGGGAAGAGAUGUUCUUGGGGCCAUCCUGGGUCACAAUAUGGCAACCAUCCUAAUGGUCCUUGCAACUCUUUUGCAAGGGGCAAGGCAGGUCUAUGUGCACUCCACAAUGGCCUGGUGCAUGAUAAGAGGGUUCAUGGGGGUAUAACCUUGGGACCUAUGGUCCAAGAUCCUAAACCUAAUAAGCUUGAGAAGAUGAAAGAGGUUGUCACUGCUGAGGACAUGAGUGUUGAAAUCAUGAAAAUGGGCACAGAGGCUCCAGCAGGCCAAACUUGGGCUCAUUGGGAACAAUAUGCAGUGCCAAAUGCCAAUGUUGCAGUGCCAAAUGCCAAUGUUGCAGUUGCAGAGGGAUGUGUCCCAGUUAUUGUUCCAGAAGGUAGGGUUCAUGGUGGAAGUUUGUUGGCAAUGCUAGCAAGCAGUUCUGGUAUUGGUUCAAGCAACAGCAAGGGUGUAGCCAGUGAGCCAUCAGAGCCAAGUUCAUCUUUCAGGAUGCCCAGGAGCUGGAUCUAAAGUCUGUUUUGCUGCUCUGUUUGCAAUCGGACUUUGAAAGAAGAAUGUUUGCUGUUCUCGCUUGUGUCCUUUUGCUUUAAGUAGUCUUAGUGCUGGAAACUCUUUGUUCUCAUCAUGUUUAAAUGGUGAGAACAUUAAGUUCUUUAAUUCCUCCGUGUGACAAUUCUAAUAUCAAAUUGGAUGUAGUUAGCAUUGAGUCCUGUCAUUGUUUUCCUUCCUGUAAAUAUUUAUAGAUGUCCAGCAAGUUGUUGUGAAUCAGGUUAGUCCCUGUAUGGUCAGUCAGUUUGUUGAACAUAAUGGUCACAAUAAAGCCCUUCUUGAUAU